CGCCACAAUGGUCAAUUGCCGGAUCCAUCCAUAAAUCCCGCCAGAGACCAACUCGAUUGACGGCUGCGACACCCCGUUCUGUUGCAGAGAUAACACCUUGCCCCUUUGGGCAGUGUCGUCAACCAUGCCGGAAUCGAGGCCAGUGAACGAGCCGUGUUGCAACUCUCCGAGAGAGCCGAAAAAGGCGCGAAAAUCAAGAGGAAAGUCUCGGUUGGGCUGUUCGCUGUGCAAGAAACGGAGAGUCAAGUGUGACGAGGUGCGCCCGGCGUGCUCGCGGUGUACUGCUCACCCCCAUCUCUGCGCCUAUCCAUCCGUCAGCGUGCCGAGAUGGAACAAUCAAGUCAUCACCUUCCUUCUACCGAAUGUUCCCGAGAUGCCUGCCUGGGUCGCAAGAACCGAUGACCAGAGCAAUAUUCUCCCCCAGAGCGAACACGACAACAUCGCUACCGCCCCAAAUGCUGAAUCGGCAAUGCACCAGAGCUAUCUGUCUCUGGUGAUGACAGACUCCAGCAAAUCUUUCGACACUCGAGACGUUUUCCUCUUGGUUCAUUUCACGUCAACUACUAGCUUCGACCUGCUUGGAAGUCAAAAGCUCUGGGCUAAAGAUGCAAUGCAGCUCGCGUUCCAGCACAAUUUCCUCAUGCAUGCAAUACUUGCUCUCUCAGCUCGCCACCUGCAAGAGGCGGCACCCCUCCUAUCUCAGAACUGCCCAUCUUAUGACUAUAGUAUGCUCGAGGCACAUCAUUUCCAGAGAGCUCUGUCAGGCUUCAGCAACGGGUUCAAUAGCGGCACUCAUUCAACCCAAGAUGCAGGCCUCGCCACGUCAUUCGUCCUCUUUUUUUACGCCAGCGCAGCCUGCAAUGCCGAUCAACCCCCGGCACAGGCCUGCGAGGACGCCUCUUUUACAUUCCUUCGCGGCAUUCAGACACUUGUCGCCAACAGCUCUUCUGUUGCCCAUAGCGGCCUGUUCAAGACUUUGGUUGCGCCGCCCCUCUUGUUACCGACCCUCUUUCCACGAGCCGUCCCGGUCGUCGGACCUGGUGCAGCCCUGAUGGGACUUCUUGACGGACUGGCUGCUAGCUCUCCCUUUCGAGAAAAAAGAGAGCUAUAUGUCGAGCGGAUUGAGUCUCUCACAUCAUAUCUCUCUGCAGCUACGAGGCAAGAUAUCGGGGCUGAGGUAGCCGAAGAGUUGCUUUUGGCAUGCUUUAGAUGGCAGGCGUUUUGUCCAGCUGCGUUCGUCGCUGCGACCAACGAACAAGAUCCGAUUGCCUUGGCCGUCUUGGCGCACUAUUAUGCGGCAGUCGAAUUAAUCAUACGUGUGGUUAAGAACAAGUUUUGGUGGUGGCAGAACAAGCCAAGGCAUAUGGUAAAGCUGAUUGGCCAAUCCAUCGGCCUGGCAUGGGUGGCUUGGGUUGCAUGGCCAAUGGAGGUCGUUCACAUGUUGGGAAGGUAGAUAGGCCAAAGGUUUAGAGACGGAACUAGGGUCCGUAUUGCUUAAAGGAAGGAAUAUAUCUAGGCUACGGCGAACGAUAUAUACGAAGGUGAUGCUCUAGACUACGGAUCCUAUAGUGCAAGACGGAUCCUAUAGUGCAAGACGGAUCCUGUAGUUCAAGACGGAUCCUAUAGUACAAGACGGAUCCUAUGGUGCAAGACGGCGGCUUCAUCAACUCGUCGCCCAGCGGUCUUCGAGAUUCCCCAGCUAGAGGCACAACGCUAGAAGAGCUCAAGGUUUUGCUAUUACGGUGAAAUAACACCCUCGCGAA